UGAGCUUUCUAACUAGCUAGCCUGACUUAGUGUGCGAAUCCUAAACGCCCCACUACUCCCUAUAUAAGCGCACUAUGUAUCGGAUGUAAACUAAUGAACUGUACGCCCUAUCUAGUGCACUCUGUGAGGUGUUUAGGAUUUAGCUUUUAGCCUUUAGCCUUUGUGAAAGCAACCGUCUCUAGUCACCUGUAUAAGAACAGCUGGGUUAUAGUCAGGUGUUAUAAAGGGCAUCAAUCCUCGAGAGUUACACUAUACGCCUAGGAUGAGUUUAUGAUUGAACCCGUGACCUUUCGGAGAGAUCGAACCAUGGCAGAUGAGGAGGGCAAGCUGACGCUGCGGCGUCUGGAAGCGCCCAUCCAGAAGUUCAUUAAAGUGGUGAUUCCCACUGAUCUGGAGCGCCUUCAUAAGCACCAGCAUAACAUAGAGAAGUUCCACAGAAACAGCCAAUGGGACAGACUGCACCAGGAGCACAUCAAUGCUAGUCGCACUGUGCAGCAGUUGCGCUCUAACCUGCGCGAGAUGGAGAAGUUGUGCCAGCGUGUCCGCAGUUCCGAAGCACCUGCGCUGGAGAAACUCGUCCAGCCAAUCAGAGAGCGCGCCUCGGUCGCCACUCAAGACUUCCUGCGGCUUCAUUCGGACUCUGUCAGUCACCCGGGGCCACACCUGGAGCAGACCGACAGCACAGACACUCACGCAGUCUCCGACUCAGCAUAUAGUGAAGAAGAAGACGUGGGCGGGGCCGAGUCACCUGUCACUCAGUUCCAAGUUCAUUUACCCGCCAUUCCAGCUGAACAGAACGCCGCGGAAUCCUGGGACUCGUUAGAAGAGGAUCUAUUGGAGCUCAAUGGGUUAGUGAAUGAGUUCUGCUCCCUCGUGCAUGCUCAGCAGGAGAAGAUCGACAGCAUCGAGGCCAACGUUAGUGCGGCGUCGACUAACGUGGAGGAGGGAACACGCAGCCUGGGGAAGGCAGCGCGUUCGAGCCUGGCAGUGUUGCCUGUAGCAGGUGCAGUGAUUGGCACCGUCUUGGCCGGUCCACUCGGAUUACUGGCGGGAUUUAAAGUGGCCGGCGUGGCAGCCGCAGUGGGAGGAGGCUUGCUCGGCUUCGCUGGAGGAAACCUCGUCCAACGCAAGAAGAAAGAGAGAGUGGAGUCGCAGCUUCAACGACUCAACACUAAGCAGGGACACGAGCAUGUGCAAUGACACCUGCUUUUGGUAGGGAGAGCGGAAUCCUGUACCGACACAUGUUUCAAUCACCUCAACGCUGGUAUUUAUACUACACUUAAGAGUAUUAAUGCUCCUCUCUCAACUCAGUUGCCUUGAAUAGACUGUUUUUGCACCAAAACAACCAUUUCCAAAGAGUGUGUAAUAGUAUAUAAUAUCUGCGUUAUUGACGUGACUGUGCCAUAUGGCCGUGGUAAAAAAAAAUAAAUAUCAGAGGUCUUUUAUUGAUCGAGGUUGUCCAGUUCGCAGACGUCAGAGAUCACCAGGGUGUCAUUGGUGUCGGGGUUAUGACUGAUGAGCUCGAGUGCAACACAAAUUGUACACUGAAGUGUGUGGCUAUGAGCAAGGAAUCAUUCGCUAAAAUCACGCAAAUAUGAGACAACAAUAAUAGUCAAAUAAUCACAAGUAGGCCUGUCACGAUUUUUGAGUUACGAUUAAAUCAUUCGUUUGUUUAAAUCAGAUUACAUCACGGUAACACCAUAUUUUAACUCUUCUCAGUGAAAAGUUUUGAUCUGUGAACUAUUUGCAACUGUUUUCUUAUUGAACUUGUAACGUAGCCAUUUUUUACUAAAAACUUGUAGAUGAAGAGAAUGUUACAUUACUUGACUUUACAUUUCUGCUGUAAUACAGUUUCAUGUACCUCAGCAAUACGUUUUGUACAUUUCUUUUUUUCAGUCCAAAAAAACAAACAAACAAACAAACAAACAACCAACAAACGUAAACAGAAGUUCAAUUUGCAUACGAAUAGCUAUUUCUAAAUCAGUUGAGCGACGACUGUGCAUUAUUACACUACAGUUAUGGAUAUAUGUGGCAUAAAGUCGGCAGUUACAUUGUUAAUCAUCAGUUUUAUGUUAGUGACAGGCCUAAUCACAAUAUUUAUUUAAAUGGACUCGCACUACAGAGCCGGUCUUCACACAGGGUUCGAACGUGCGCUUGAACUCCGCACUAUUUAAAGUGUGAAAUGUGCUUACACAGAUUUUGCAAGAAAGACAUCAACAACCUCCAGACAUCUCAAAUUUACACCAAAUGAUAAGUAACAGCAUUGUUUAUAACACGUUUAGCAUUGCAGUAAAAUUGUGUAAAUAAUGCGGGUAGGUAACUAACAUUGUUUCAGAGUGUUCAGAAUCAGGAUGUAACAUAAUACAAUUUAUUACAGUUGAAAAGUAAAAGCUAAGCUACUGU